CAUACGCUGGCUACGCGCAAGCAGAGCACCGUGUGACAGGAGAGAAACCCCGUGAGGCGAAGCUGGGAUGCAGAAGGAGUCUGUGCUCUCAAGGGCAACUUUCCAAUCAGGAAACCAGUGGCACAGAGAUGGAUGUUGCCACCCACUGUUGCUCUGCAUGGUCCCUUGGGACAGGCACCAUCAUCAUUGGCGUCUUGAAUGUGAUUGGGAGCAUUUUGCAGAUAGCAGUAGUAGCGUACAAUUGGGACUUGUACCAGUACGCCAAUGAUGAUAUAAGCGGGGACAACUCAGAUACUAAGCGAGAGCUGGUGACAGUCCUCGUAUUUGGCAUUAUCCAGGCUAUUUGUAGCGUACUUCUCAUCACUGGAGCCGUUAAGGAAAAAGCUAGCAUGCUUCUUUCAUGGAUGGUUGUGGAAACCCUGGGGCUCUUAGUAGCAACUGUAAUAGGCAUUAUCAUAGGCAUUUUUCUUAUCGAGCUUCGUAUCGGCAGUGUUAUAAUUGUUUUUGUCAUCUUUUUUCUUUUGCCUAGCAAGCUCAACGUUAUUGUACUUGGAGCCCUCAGCAAUGUAAAUGUGGUUACUGGAGCAACAUCUUCGUAA